AUGUCAGAGCCAAGUGAGCUACUAGAGACUAACGACACAGCAUUCGCGGAUGUCAUCGCAAACGGAACAACCCUGGCCACAACUACAGCUUCACCAAAACAGCAAACAGAUAGCGGCUCAGUAACUACAGCGGCAAAAGUGCUGCUUGAUAAAACCACGGAAAAUCAAAUCACAACGAGUUUGGCAAAAACGACAGCCGCGCCGACAAUUUCUUCAACAACUACAGAAAUAUUAGCAAGCACAGAUAAGGCUCAAGAUGAUGGCUUUCGGGUGGUAAUAAUCGUAUGCAUCGCCGUCGGGGCCGCUCUUCUCAUCGCCAUCGCCUUGCUCAUCGUCGUCAUCCGCAAGAAGCGUAAACAAGGGGGAAAAUACAACCCAAAAGACUGCGAGAAGCAUGCCGGGGUAUCGAAUCAGUGGAAUCAUCAAAUUUUCGACCCGCCAUUGCCGGAACGUCUUAUCUAA